AUGAAGUCGCUGCAAAACAUGAGGUGGUGCUGGAAGAGUCAGCGGCGGAGGUUCCCGGGAACGUGGGCGAAAGAGCGGGAGAGAAGGACGCAGCGGAGUGAGACGUCAGAGUCUUGUCCGCGCCAGGAGGCCAAACGGACUCGCGCUCGAGAUCGGACGCGAGCCAGGUCGAAACCCGACCCUCGUCUUCCACAAAAGGGGGAACAAAAACGUGAGCGGAAAGACAAUGAUGUAAUAUUGGGGAGCCCCGGUCAAGGGCAAAGAUCCGUCGGCUCAGUAGGUGGUGACGGACACGGACAAGGAAAGGACGACUCUCCUCGCCGCGCAUCACUCGAAUCGAUCGGAGAAAGCUCUCCGGGAGAAACACUGGACACUUUCCCAACACAUCGUUCCCAACUUUCCGCUGAGUUUGGUCGUCCGCUGGGAGAGGGGCUGCCGUUUAAUGCUUUGCUCAAUAUAUCCUGCAGAACUCCAGAUAGACCUCUUGAAUGUCCUCACGCUAGCCCAAGUGGCUUUUCCCCAACGGCAGGAUUGGGUUUGGCCUCUGGACCCAUCCAUUCCGUUUCAGGCCCGAUCCACUUGGAUAAAGCUUCCCCAGAGAUCUGCGUUGAACUGGCUGCUCGAGGCAUUUCCACAGUCGUGUCCGUCCCAUCAGGCACACCUACGUUAAGGCCACAGGAUCCAGAAAGCGUCUCAAAACACGCCGCUCCAUCCGAAAGUUCGCCGCGGGGCGGUGUAAGCCAUGAAGAGUUCAAGGUGCCCGAUGCAAAAGAAUCGGAGGAGAAACAGACAGCCCCACAGGAGGCCACGAGCUCGGAGCGGUGCCCGGGAUUGGGUCAGCUGGACUCUGCCCGGGCAGAAGCCAGGUCCCUGGAUGCCGCGCCCAUCUGCAGGGGCCGUCACGCCUUCAGUCCCUCCGUCUCCAGGUCCUCCAGCGAGAGCGAGCUGCCCUUCCCCAUCCUACUGGAAGACGUGAGGAAGAGAAGCCCACCCCAGCAGGACCUUGUUCAGUCGGAACCCAUCGACGCACAGAUCCCCCCGAAGCAGAGGGCCUUCGAGACCACCGCAGUCAACAGAGGGUCUUGCAAUGAAUCGGAGAGCGAUGACUCCGUACCUGACCUGGAGGAGCCUGAGGUUUCGUCGCCGCUUGCUGGACAAGAACAGUCGCAGUUGGCUCAGGCGGUGGGGAUUGGCGAUGAGCCCGUGAGCAAAGCCAAGCAGAGCCGCAGUGAGAAGAAGGCGCGCAAGGCCAUGUCUAAGCUGGGCCUACGCCAGGUCCAUGGUGUGACACGGAUAACUAUCAGAAAGUCCAAGAACAUCCUGUUUGUGAUAACGAAACCCGACGUCUUCAAGAGCCCGGUGUCCGACAUCUACAUCGUCUUCGGAGAAGCUAAGAUUGAAGAUCUAUCCCAGCAGGCCCACAAGGCCGCGGCAGAGAAGUUCAAAGUCCCGAUCGAACAUGCGACCUUGAUCCCGGAGACAACUCCCACCCUCAGCAUUAAGGAGGAGAGUGAGGAAGAGGAGAUGGACGAAACGGGACUGGAGGCGAGGGACAUCGAGCUGGUGAUGGCCCAGGCUAACGUGUCCCGAGGCAAAGCUGUACGAGCCCUCAGACACAACAAGAAUGACAUCGUCAACGCUAUCAUGGAAUUAACAAUGUAAACUGCAAAAUGGAGAUCUAUUUCUAUAUAUAUUCGCUGGAUAUUAUCGACAUUAUAAACUAUAACCAAACUGUAAAUCAUACAAGUUUGCAUCUGUUAUACUGCUAGUAAACUUAGUAAAUGGAAACCAAA